AUGGCCUCUUCCGAUGACGACGAAGAUCUCAAGUUGGCACUUGCGAUGUCAAUGCAACCAAGCGAGUUGACAGCGUCGCAGACUACAUCUGCAAAACACGCGUUUGUUGAUCUCACCUCUGAUACUGAAGAUGAGGACGAGGAUCUGAGACGAGCUCUCGCUCUCUCAGUUCAGGAAACUGAGGGUUCGACUGUCACCAAUCAACGUGCUGAAGCCGUAUCAAGCCCGAGUGAGACGUCUGUCAGUAAACCUCAAGGUUUGGGUGGGUUUGAUCGAAAAGCCAUGGAGCAGGAACGGCUCGCAAGAUUGAACAAGCGAAAGCGCGAACCUUCGCCAGACCGGCCUUCAAAGCAGAUAUCGAGGACACCAACCACAGGUGCAACAAAAACAUCGAGCUCCCAACCCACAUCAACUAAAGGUAUAGUACUUCGGUACCCUCGGGGGGCGAUCAAACGCACAUUUGCAACAAAGUAUCCGCGAACAGACGACAUAACCAUUGAUGAGCUUCUCGAAGCGCCCAGUGUGAACAUUGCAGUUAUCAGUUCGUUCAUGUGGAAUCAAGAAUGGCUAGAAAGCAAACUCAAUCCACAAUAUGUGAAGCAAAUCUGGGUCAUGAACGUCAAGGGUCGCGAUACUCAAGAGAGGUAUAUUCAGGAUAUGAAAGAUGCUGGCUUGCCCAACAUGGAGCUACAUUUUCCGCCUGUGGAUGGCAUGAUCCACAGCGCGCAUAGCAAAUACAUGCUACUCUUUGGAAAGGAAAAGCUGCGCAUUGUGGUGCCAACGGCGAACAUGACUCAGAUAGAUUGGGGCGAGGUUGGGAAUGAGUGGCAGCCUGGAUGUAUGGAGAACUCGGUAUUCUUGAUCGACCUACCACGAGCGGCGCAUGGAGAGGUCGGAAAGAGGGAGGAACUGACGCCGUUUGGUCAAGAAUUGAUCUACUUUUUGGAGCAGCAGAAAACGAAGAAGAAUGUCAUCGACGGGGUACUGAAGUUCGACUUUUCGCAAACCGGUCACAUUGCGUUUGUUCACUCAAUUGGUGGCGCGCACAAGACAGAAACUACACAUCCCACAGGCCUUUCUAGUCUCACGAAAGCGAUACGUGAUUUAGGUCUGGACGAUGUCAAGGCCAUCGAGCUUGACUACGCAGCAUCCUCCCUGGGCGCCAUCAACGACACGUUCUUGCAGCGCGUCUCCCUCGCCGCUCGUGGCGAGCAAUUCACUACUGAGAAGAAAGCCAUUCCAAACAUCCGAGACGGAAUCCGCAUUUACUUCCCCACCGAUGCGACAGUCAAGGACAGUGUUGGAGGCCCCGAUUGCGGUGGCAUCAUCUCUCUGACCAGACAAUACUACAAUGCACCUACAUUUCCUCGAGAAUGCCUCCGGGACUACGUGUCAACGCGCAAAGGCAUGCUCUCGCACAACAAGCUGCUCUUUGCGCGUGGUCGGAAAAACGACGGAAGGCCUUUCGCGUGGGUAUACAUUGGGUCGGCGAAUGUCUCAGAAUCGGCAUGGGGCGGUCAGAAGGUACUGAAGAACGGGAGCAUGGGAAGUCUGAACAUCAGGAAUUGGGAGUGUGGGAUUGUGAUGUCUGUGCCUGGAGAGAAAUUUGAGGGCUUGGACUUGGGCGAAGGGGAAGUGCCACCCAUGAGUGUUUUUGAGGGCACGGUCGAGGUUCCGUUCAAGUGUCCGGGAGACGAAUACGAGGGACGACAGCCUUGGUUUUUCAGGCCUGGAUGA